AGGGGGUUUGAGGAUGCAGAUUGUGAGCAGAUAAGCAGCCUGCCAUGCCUGAAAUGGCACGGGUGCAACAGAAAGAGCUGCCGUGUAGGUGGAGUUUGUGCAUUUCAAGGGAGGGUGAGAACACAGGGCUUGGACAUGUGAAGUAAAGUGUGAGGACAGAAAGCACAGCAUUUACUGGAGAAGCAGACGAAACAGAGAGUUGUUGGUUUUAAAAGGCUCUCACCGCAGUGUCAGAAGGGAAGUGCGAUAAUCAGCUUGAAGAAUGAGUCAGUAAUUUAGUUUCUGUUCACUCGAGACCACAGGGCUCCUUAAACCAACAUGAACGCUGAUGAGAGUAAACAGCGUUUCGUGUCAAGCCUCAAGCUGCACAUCAAGCCUCCACAGUCGUCAUGUGCUCAAAGGAACGAGAUGAUGACCGACACCUGGACCUCUGUCAAGCCUUCUGCAACAGGGAAAACUGUGUUUUUUUCUGCAUUUGACACAUUUCUCACAACUCUGUUUCUAAAUCCAGAUUCUCUUCCUAAAAAUCUGGAUCCGCCUGUCUUCAUAGAGGCCCUGGAAGACUCUUGUGUGGACGAAGGAAGUGACCUCGUGCUACGAGGCGUUCUUACAGGAAGUAAGCCGAUCAAAGUGACGUGGCUGCACAAUGGUAAAGCAGCACCUUUUGGAAAACCUUCCUUCAAUGGCGGGGAGGUGAGAUUUGUAGUGAGGGACUGUUUACCUGAAGAUGCUGGUUCCUACUCGUGUCUGGCUGAAAACAGUGCAGGGGGGUCAUCCUGCAGAGCUUCUGUGGCCGUCAGGGACUUUGAAAGCAUGUGUGGGGUGUCAAAGUUUCCCACUUCUGCAGCUAAGAGCAUUUCGGAAAAUGGAGGCUCACCUCAAACUCCCAAAGAUCAGCAACGGAGCUUUAGAGCAACUUUUGCUGCCUCUCCAACAAGCCCUGACACGCAGAGUCCAGUCUUAUCCCCAAGAGAAAUCAUCCCGAAGAAGAGAAGCAACUCAGGCACAGCUCCGGCUUUACAGUUCCAAAAUCCACCGCAGCACGUGGACGUGAAGGUGGGACAGCCUGCCAGUCUGACGUGUUUUUUCACUGGAAGCCCUCCUGUAGCCUCCUGCUGGAUCAGAAACAAAGAACAGAUAGCAGAUAGUCUGGAGGUGUGGACAGAAAGCACCGAUCAGAGCAGCUCACUGGUAAUAACGGAGGCUAAAGCACAGCACACGGGUCGAUACACUGUUGUAGUGAAGGACCGAAGAAGCUCAACGCAACAUUCACUUACCCUUUCCGUCAUAGACAGACCGGAGCCUCCUGCUUCCCCUCCUGUGAUCUCCCUGGUAUCUGGAUCCAGUCUUGUGCUCUCCUGGUCGGGCCCCUGCUACGACGGCGGGAGCGUCGUGCUGGGCUACGUGGUGGAAGUGAGGAACCCAGGACUUGGUGAGCCUGGAGAGUGGAAAGAACUCACUAACCAGUGUAAAAGCACCUCAUACAAAGUGACAUCUGGACUGGAACCUCAACAGGAGUUUUGUUUUAGAGUAAGGGCAUACAACGCUGCAGGAGUGAGUGAGCCAGGCCCAGUCUCACCAGUGGUUAGAAUGGAGCAGAAAGCCCCUGCGGCGUACACCUGUGUCACAAUCGAUUCAUCCCACAAAGUCAUAGAUCACUACGAUUUGCACGAGAAACUUGGAACGGGGAAAUUUGGCUCGGUGUACAAGCUCACCCACAAAGAGACGGGAUGUGUGUGCGCUGGGAAGUUCUACAAAGGACGUCGUGCCAAAGAGAGAGACGCUGCUCGUAAAGAGAUAGAACUGAUGAACUAUCUCCACCACCCUAAACUGGUUCAGUGUUUGGGGGCGUAUGACCAGAAACCUGAGAUGGUCAUGGUGAUGGAGUUUAUUGCUGGAGGAGAACUGUUCGAACGAAUUGUGGACGACACCUUUGAGCACACAGAGUCCAACAGUGUGCGCUACAUGCAGCAGAUCCUGGAGGGGAUUGCAUACAUGCACCAGCAGAACAUCGUCCACCUGGACCUCAAACCUGAAAACAUUGUAUGCGUUGACACCACUGGCACGUCCAUAAAGAUCAUUGACUUUGGAUUAGCCAGCAGGCUUGACCGCAGCGCCCCUCUGAAGGUGUUGCAUGGGACUCCUGAGUUUGUGGCUCCUGAAGUUAUCAACUAUGAACCCGUCAGUUUGGCCACGGACUUGUGGAGCAUCGGCGUCAUCUGCUACAUCUUGUUAAGCGGCGAGUCUCCGUUCCAGGGUUCCUGUGAGUCCGAGACUCUGGCUUUGGUCACAGCAGCUCAGUGGGAGUUCGAUGACGAGAGCUUCCAAGAUAUAACAGAGGAGGCCAAAGACUUCAUCGGCUCACUGCUAAACAAGGACCCAAGGAAGAGGAUGUCCUGCGAGGAGGGCCUUGCCCACCCGUGGAUGGAAAAGUUUGCCUCUGGAGACGUCACUACUACCAAGAGUCUGUCCAAGGAGAAGAUGAAGAAAUUUUUAAUCACACAAAAGUGGAAGAAAGCAGGCAAGGCCAUGCAGGCCCUGAAGAGAAUGGCGUUGUUGUCUAAAAGUGACAGUUCGGCAACUCUCACAAGCCCUGGGAAGGACGUGCGUCUGAGCCCAGAGGCAGAGCACGCCCUGCAGUCUCUGGAGCAGAAGAUGCAAGGACCUCCUCAGUUUACCAAGAGCUUGGAGGAACAAACUGUAGCUCGGGGGUCCUGUGUCCGACUCUCAUGCCACCUCACAGGUCAGUCUGACCGUGACCGGGCGGCCAUCUUGAAGUGA